ACAACGGUGAUGCCGGAGUCGUGCAGUUCUCUUCAGUCAUUCAUUCACCGACAAUGAGUGAAUGCACGCGAUUUGCCGGUAUUCUCAAAUUAAUUCCAUUAUUUAAUUGAAUGUUUCAAUAAAAAUAUGACAUUUCGCGAGUUUAAAUGAGUUUUUUUCAAUAUACUGUUUGUUAAUGAUUUUGUUUUCAAAGUGAUUCACAAUUAGUUGGUGUAUUUAUUCAUACAUAGAGAGAGAGACACAUACAUUGUAAACAUAUUUACAUUUGUGCCCAGUGACAUAUUAAGCAUGUGGAUCGUACAAGAUGGAGAACGUUGCCUACUACGAGGAUGAUCCAUCGUGCAAGUUUCACGAGACGCCUCGAGCGCCCCUAACAAAGUUCAUCAUCCGUUCCCAAGAAUUAUUUCUUGGCAUGGAUUCCUCGUCAAAUCCCGACUCGCACAUCUACGAGGACAUCACUUCAAAUUCUUCAUCGCCAUUUCAUCGUUCUGCACCUGUACGUCCUGAUGAGGAGCAAAAAGAAUUCUUUUUGCAAACAUCAAAUCGUUUGCCAAAUUACUAUUCGAAUUCGGAAAUUGAUCAAGAAUCACUAAAUUCGUUUCAUCGGAAUCUAACACUUCCACUAAGACGGAAUAAUCCCUUGAAGGACAGUUUUGAGAAUGUGAUAAGUUCGUCGGUGAGGGUGACAAGUAGGGAACGGAUAAGAGCGGGGAGUUCUUUUCCCAAUGAUGGUUCGAUUGAGGAGAAUUAUCGUUAUUCUUCGGGACCCAUACCGGAAGUGCAUGGUGACCAACGACAUCAUCAGGGGCGAAGACGUCGCAAGAAGGACUGUAAGCACUGUAAGAAUAGGACAAACUUUUCCACCUCGACAAUAGAAGUGCCGGUCGAUGUGCCUAAUGAGAGAUAUUACGAGGACAGCAAUCGAUCGAUGAUUGAUGAAAAAUCGAUGCUGGGCAUUGAGCCAAUUUUCACUCUCCCCGAUGGUAGACUACCGAGUUUCUGCAAUAGUGGUGGUAGUGCUGGUAGUUGUAACAAUAAUUCGAGGUGUGAAAAAACUUUAAGCAGUGUUUAUUGUAUUUCGAAUAAUGUUAAUUGUAGUAGUGCAGGUUCGGGUAAUGUUAAGACCUUGAACUAUGACAAGAACGACAUAGAAGCGAGGCUCGCCCACGUUGAGGGCUGUGAGGACAAGGCUCUCAUUACUCCUCCGAAGAACAGGGCUGGCAUGAAGGUGAACUCUAUCUACGCUCAGGAACACUGGCAUACCAAGGACGCGCCGCCGAUCUUCCUUACCGACGCCAAGGAACAAAGUUCCUUUCAGAGGGCGAAUUCCCUCCCGGUACGGACACACACGCCAACGUCUGAAAAUCGAGUUAAUUUGCGUAGAAGCGUAAGGGGCGAACCACCCCCUCAUCCGGCUCGACUUCGAAAACAUCCUCAUGGCUGGACUCUUCAUUUCGCCCGUCCCCUCACCGGCCCCUCUGGUUGCACCAGAUCCAUUGUCCUCUUACUCAUCGUGAUAUUAGCUCUUCUUGGAAUUGGAGGAAUCGCUCUCUACAUAGUGUUCGAACCACAAAAGCUGCAAAUAAUUCAACAAUACUUGAGGUCGUCGGGAAGGAAUGUGACGACAAGUGAGAAUUUCACCUCCUUCACUUCCGGCAUGGAGCACCUAAUGGACGAGCAGAAUGUGUCGACCGACGUGGUGCCUACACUCCCUGUAGGUGUGCUUUUAAACGCAAGCCUCCCGUUUCCGGAGGCAAACGAAGAGCCAACGGAAACGGAAACCGAAGUCUAUUCUACCACUGCCAGCAGUACUACUAGUACUACAAUUACUACAAUUACUACAACUACUGCAAAUAUUGCGUUGCCAGAUUUAAAUUCCACGAGGCACUGUGACGAUUGUUUCGAAGGCGAGGUGUGCGUUGCACUCGUCGGCGAGGAAGUGCCCAUUUGCAGAACUGGACCGGAUCCUCUGGACCCCACUGGCUGCUCGGGUCUUUGUUUAAUCAAUAAACAAAAGUGCCAUCGAUUAGAUGUCGACGCCUUCAGAUGUAUGGAUCUUGAACACUACUGUUUGGAUGACGAGUGGACGUGUAAAAACACUCUCUGUAUCCCUUUAGUGAAGCAUUGCGAUGGUACAAUGAAUUGCUAUGACCAUUCUGAUGAAUACAAUUGCGAAUGCAAUCUAGAGACACACUUCCAGUGUGGGAACGAGACUUCCUGUCUUCCUUUAGAUAAAAAAUGCGAUGGGAAGAUAGAUUGUUGGGACGCAACAGACGAGAUAAACUGUACAUUAGCAUGUCCUUUGGAGAGUGAGUUCACAUGUAACGAUGGACAAUGUAUAUUGAAGGCACGUUUCUGCGACGGAUUGCGGGAUUGCGUGGAUGGAUCUGAUGAACCGCACGGAUGCCAAGGUCGCUGUAAUAAGCACGAAUUUACAUGCCAGAAUGGCAGAUGCAUUACAAAGAAUUUAAAAUGCAACGGAAUAGAUGACUGUGGAGAUGGAACAGACGAGCAAUUGUGCCGAGAUCGAACUUAGAUAUUUUUUUAAAACUGCAUGAGUAAAAAAAAAAUUUAUAAUCGUAUUGUCACGAUAAAAAACAGUAUUUUAAAUAGAGAAGCGCAAGUAAUAUAAUUAUUGUAUAAUAUUGUAUAGGAAUAUUAAUUAUAUAUAAAAAAUGAAUUACUUAUUAAUAAAAAGUUAUUAAUUAUUA